CAUCCCGUUUUUAUGCCCAUACUCCUCCCUCCCUAAAAAAUAUAUCUCCCAAUAAUUUUUUUAUUAAUUUUUAUAUACGAAGAAAUGCAAGAACAAGGAACGAGCUCAAUUGCAGCUAGUUCCUUGCCCUCAAGCAGUGAAAGAUCUUCAAGCUCCGCCCUUCAAAUUGAAGUCAAAGAAGGCAUGGAAAGUGACGAAGAGAUCCGGAGAGUGCCUGAGAUAGGAGGGGAAGCUUCAGCAGCUCCGUCUGCAGGUCGAGAAGCCAGUUCAGUGACAGGACCGGACCGGGUUCAGCCAUCGGGGGACGGCGGUCAGAGAAAGAGAGGGAGGAGCCCAGCGGACAAAGAGAACAAGCGCUUAAAGAGGUUGUUGAGGAACAGAGUGUCGGCGCAGCAAGCAAGGGAGAGGAAAAAGGCGUACCUGAGUGAGCUGGAGAGCAGAGUUGGGGACUUGGAGAAGAAGAACUCUGAGCUUGAAGAGAGACUCUCCACGUUGCACAACGAGAAUCAGAUGCUUCGACAAAUAGUGAAGAACACGACGGCGAGCAGGAGAGGCGGAAAUGGCGGUUCAAUGCAGCAGAAUGAACGCUCUAAGGCUUGCCCGAUUAUAAAAUUCAUUAGGGGGUUGAAAAAGAAGAAGAGAAAAACCCUUAAAAUUUAUGCUUUAGAAAACUCUGUUAGAUUUAGCAAUGCAAACGUUGCGGUUGAACUUUGCUCGUCUUGUAAUCAGAGUAAAUUAUCCCAAAACUCAAUUUUUUUUCUUUCAAUUACAAUAUUCUUAUAGGUCAUUUGACAAAAAAA